CAUGAGGCCCUGGACAUGAACAAGCUGAGUGGAGGCGGCGGGCGCAGGACUCGGGUGGAAGGGGGCCAGCUGAAGGGCGAGGAGUGGACCCGCCACGGGAGCUUUGUCAAUAAGCCCACGAGGGGCUGGCUGCAUCCCAACGACAAAGUCAUGGGACCCGGGGUUUCCUACUUGGUUCGGUACAUGGGCUGUGUGGAGGUCCUGCAGUCCAUGCGUGCCCUUGACUUCAAUACCCGGACUCAGGUCACCAGGGAGGCCAUCAGUCUGGUGUGUGAGGCUGUGCCGGGUGCUAAGGGGGCAACAAGGAGGAGAAAGCCCUGCAGCCGCCCACUCAGCUCUAUCCUGGGGAGGAGUAACCUGAAAUUUGCUGGAAUGCCAAUCACUCUCACCGUCUCCACCAGCAGCCUCAAUCUCAUGGCCGCAGACUGCAAACAGAUCAUUGCCAACCACCACAUGCAGUCUAUCUCAUUUGCGUCCAGCGGGGAUCCGGACACAGCCGAGUAUGUCGCCUAUGUUGCCAAAGACCCUGUGAAUCAGAGAGCCUGCCACAUACUGGAGUGUCCAGAAGGGCUCGCCCAGGAUGUCAUCAGCACUAUUGGCCAGGCCUUCGAGUUGCGCUUCAAACAAUACCUCAGGAACCCACCCAAGCUGGUCACCCCUCAUGACAGGAUGGCUGGUUUUGAUGGCUCCGCUUGGGAUGAGGAGGAGGAAGAGCCACCUGACCAUCAGUACUAUAAUGACUUUCCGGGGAAGGAGCCCCCUCUAGGGGGGGUGGUAGACAUGAGGCUUCGGGAAGGAGCCCCUUCAGGAGUUGCUCGCCCCACUCCACCCAGUGUCCAGACCUCUAGCCACCUGGGAGCUACACUGCCUGCCGGGCAGUCUUCCGGGGGAGACCCAGAAGUCCGUAAACAGAUACCACUUCCACCCCCCUGCCCAGGUAGAGAGCUCUUCGAUGAUCCCUCCUAUGUCAAUGUCCAGAACCUAGACAAGGCCCGGCAAGCAGGGGGUGGGGCUGGGCCCCCCAAUCCUGCUGUCAAUGGCAGUGUACCCCGGGACCUCUUUGAUAUGAAACCCUUUGAAGAUGCCCUUCGGGUACCUCCCCAACCCCAGUCCAUGUCCAUGGCUGAACAGCUCCGAGGGGAGCCCUGGUUCCACGGGAAGCUGAAUCGGCGGGAGGCAGAGGCGCUGCUUCAGCUCAACGGGGACUUCCUGGUGCGAGAGAGCACCACCACACCUGGCCAGUACGUGCUCACUGGCCUGCAGAGUGGGCAGCCCAAGCACCUGCUUCUGGUGGAUCCUGAGGGUGUGGUUCGGACAAAGGAUCACCGCUUUGAGAGUGUCAGUCAUCUCAUCAGCUACCACAUGGACAAUCAUUUGCCCAUCAUCUCUGCGGGCAGCGAACUGUGUCUACAGCAACCUGUGGAGCUGAAACUGUGAUCCUUCCCAGCCUCUCUCCCAGAAGAUGCUCUCCAACCCCCUCCACCUUCCUUCCUAACUCUCAGGAACUCACUUGGGAGUGUUCUGUGGGGCUUGGCCUCGGGUAGGAGCUGGGUGUAGUGUGGACUCUGGGUUUAGUAUCCAGCUGAGGGAGGAUUUGUCAGGAGCCUGGGGUAGAGCCCUGCUUCUCCCCAAACCUCACCAAAGUAUUAAUGUACAGAGUGGCCUCCUUGCCUGGGCCUUUCCUGUGC